AUGCCUAGCGUUAUUGAAUUUCUACAGUCUCAGCUCUUCACCGAGGUCCCAGUACCUACAAAGAAAUUUACCGGCCAAACUAUCAUCGUCACCGGUUCCAACACCGGCCUAGGCCUUGAAGCCGCACGUCACUUCAUCCUGCUCGAAGCAGCCAAAGUCAUUCUCGCAGUGCGAAGCAUACCAAAGGGCAAGGAAGCUUUAACCCGCCUAGAGGAAUCAACGGGGACAAAAGGAGUCGUGGAAGUCUGGGAGCUAGACCUGAGCUCUUACGCGAGUGUCCAGACUUUCGCCAAGCAUGCCCGCAGUCUUGAGCGCCUGGAUGUCUUGGUCAACAACGCCGGCAUCAUGACUUAUGACUUCAUACUAGCAGAAAAGGAUGACAGCCUCAUCACAGUCAAUGCUGUGAGCCCGCUUCUCCUCAGCAUUCUGCUAUUGCCUAAGAUGAGGGAAACGUCCUUGAGAUAUGACAAGGAAACUGUCGUCACCUUCGUUGGAUCACUCGGCCAUGCCAGGGUUGACUUCAUCGAGAGCAAGAGUGAACACAUCUUCAAAGACUUGGCUGUGGAGAGAGUCGCUCGUAUGACUGAGAGGUACAACAUCUCCAAGGUCAUCCAGCUUCAGCUCGCCAGAGAGCUCGCGAAAAACCUCACCAAGUCAGAGAAGUUGGGCAACAUCGUUGUUUCAGUGGUAAACCCAGGAUUAUCUGACACGGAAGUCACUCGGAAUCUCGGCUGGCUUCAGGGGAAAAUUGUCAAAGUUGUGCUUAGCUUGGUGGGAAGAGCACCAGAGGAAGCUAGCCGUACACUUGUUCUGGCUGCUGAAGGCGGACCAGAAACGCAUGGACAGUACCUUGAUGACGGCAAAGUAGGCAGACCGUCGGAGUUCAUUACGAGUGAUGAAGGAAUCAAGGUUCAAAAGCGGCUAUGGGAAGAAUUACUUGAGAAGUUGGCAGCUAUUGCCCCCGGCAUCGUGGAUUCGCUUUGA